AUGAUAGUCGAGAAAUACCCAACAUGUGAUAAUCAUCAUAAUGAUUUAAUUAAACUGGAGCAAGCAAUUCCCUCUUCAACAACAAUAUUAAAUACAAAAUCUGUCUCAACAAUCGACUUAUCAAAUAAUUUGCUUAAAACAUCGAUGGAACAUAAGAUAAAACAGUUACCUAUAUUUAGUGGAAAAGACAAUGAAAACGUUACAAAAUGGUUAAAUAACAUCACACAAAUAGGUAAGAUGGUGAAUUGUAGCGAUGAUGAGUUAUAUGUCGUGGCAAAAUUUAAACUAGAAGGUGAUGCUCAAAAUUGGUAUCAAAAGAAUCAAGAUAAAAUAUGUGAUUGGAAAACGUUUAACCAAUUACUAUCACACAGAUUUCCGGUAAUACUACCAUCCAAUGACCGAGAAAUAUUACGCCAAUUAGCCGCGCGUAAACAAGCAUGGAAUGAACCAAUUUCAAGAUUUUAUCGUGACAUAAUGAAUUUAUGUGAUAAAUACGAUUCCAGUAUGGCAGAUUCAUCACGAGUUGGCUAUUUACAAACAAGAAAAAGUUAUUAUCAAUUAGCCAAUAAGACUAAUAUGCAUUUUAUUGGCGCAGUACAACUGAAGGUUAGAAUUAAAUAUAUAACCAUCUGGGUUACGGCAUUGGUGGCGGAUUCAUUAAGUACCGAUUUUAUUUUGGGUAAAGAUUGGAUACGACCAUACCAAGGUGAUGUAUUAGAAAGCAGUCAGGAGAUUAGAAUUAGAACUAGAUCUGGUCCAGUAUCCAUACCAUUUGAUGAAGAUACAGAAAAUGUUGCGUUUGAUAUUAAACUUCUUCAUCCAAUUAUAUUAGGUCCACGACAAGAAUGUGAGGUUGAAGCACAAGUUCCCAUUUCAACAGCUGACACAGUUAUAUUUCAUCCAAAACAACAACUUCAACAUAAUC